CCGUUCCCCAAAUCCACCACCUGCACAAGCAACCUCUGGUCGACAGUCAUCCCAUCCCAGUCUUCCAGCCGAAAAACCUCCGAAAAGUCAACCAAAUACCCCACAAAGUCCAUCCAAAAUAUCAGUCGUCUUCCUACGCGUCUAAAAUGACGCUAUUCCCAAAAUCUCAACGCUUCCCGCCACAGAAAGCCUCUGAAGUCCCAAGUCCAGGUCGUUAUAAUCCGUUGCUCCAUGAUCCAUCGCAAGACCCAUGGAGGAAAGGUCCAUUAGAGAUCUUCAAAGCUCCUCGAAACAAGGAAUCAGACCCUGGUCCAGAUACCUUUGGCCUCUACAAUCCUGAUCAGCAGCAUUACGAUAAUAUUCAUGGCUCGAGGCCCCGACCGCGAGCAUUAUCUACUCUCGCGACACCAUCAAAACAUCACAAGGAACUCCUAAGACUUGAAACUAAAUUGUCGGAGCGCGAAUCAGAUAUCACUCAUUUAACUGAAACCCUGCAAAAGUCCGAACAAACUACCAAGGAAAUCAGAAACGCUCUAAAGAAAUCAGAACAUGAUAACGAGAGUCUGAGAUCAGAAGUUAGCCGACUCAAAAAACAGCUCCAUGGGGUCGCCAGUCUUCAUGCCAAAGUUAUCGAACUCGAGACCGAACACGAUAAGAGCAAGAAGCGGAGAGAGCAAGAAAUAUCUAGCCUUAAAACGGAACUCCGGUCGGCCGAAACGCGUGCUUCACAAUAUAUGACCGAAAAGCAAAACAUUCAAGGCGACUUCGAACGAUUGCAGGCAUCGUAUGAAGAUGCCGAGCAUUCGCUUCAAACAACGGUCCAGAAAUCCCAUCAGGGGUUAACAAACUACUUGCAGAAAGUGCUCGAAGAGCGUCAUAGCAGCCAACGAGCCCUUCAGCUGACCAAAAGCUUGUCUCGUCUAGACGAUGUUCACACCAGCAAAAUCUUAGCUGGACGUGCCUCUCAAGUAGCCGAACUAGUCUCACUAGUUCAACAAGCCGGUACCCGAGAGGAUCUGCUCUACGAAGUGUUUGACAACUUGCUAGAAACAAACGACAUGCAGAUGCAACAACUCAUCGAUAUUGAAAUGGAUCUUCAAUCAGAACGUGACGAACUGAAACAAAGUAUACAUGAAUUGCGGAGAGAUUCGAAAUGUAGUCAACAACUUUCGGACCAGCAAUUGUGCGAAAAAGAGAUCGAAUGUCAACUUGCUCAUCGAAGAGCGUCUCAAAUCCAAACCGAACUGCUCGACGCUCAACUGGUCUGCUCGUCCCUAGAAAAGGCCCUCGUCAGUUCAUCUGAUGCCUACAGCGAUUUAUCAGGGGUCUGUCUCUCUAAGUGUCAAGAGCUAGAAAAAUCGCGGCUGGAUUUGGAAAAGUGCGACUCGAAAAUCAGCGAGUUGACCAAUUCGAUUCAAGCGCUAGAAGCACAGGCCCUCGAAACGGACCUGCAAAUCCAACGCUCACAGGAGACCCAUUCCCUCGCCGCCGAAGCAUGGCAACUGAAGCAAUCCGAACUGCAAUCGAGCAUCAAGAAACUCGAGAAAGAGCUCAGAGAAGAGAACGGAAGGCGUACUAAGUUGUCUGCUGAGCUCUUGUUGACCAGACAAGCGGAAGCAGCCUUACGCGGAGAAAUCGAACACGCACAAAACCUGAGCGCACAACUCGAGGAAGUCGAGCGCGAAAAUGAGCAGCUGCGGAAGAUCAACGACUUGAUCAUGAGACAGGCCAACCUGAAUGCCGCCGAAGCUGCCAAAGUCGAGAAGCUUAAUACCGAACUUGUCAGCCAACGAAACCCGGCUCAAAAAGUCAAGAUUUUGGACCGCAUGCGAAGAGAAAUUAAAGAAGAAAGAGAGAACACCGCCAAACUGGAAAACCAACUGUGGACGGCCAACUCGGAAAUCAAAUCUCUCAAAGAGGAGUUGUUUGCUUAUCAGUCGGUUUCGCAUCCUACACCUGCAAUCGCAACCACGCAAGCGUCGACGAUCCAUAAUGGAAUGGGAAUCGCACGCGUGACCCGAGCGCCCUUGAGUGAAGUGAUCAAAAACUUUGACGCCCCACCGGAGCCUCGUGAAACAGGAUCCAAGAUCGAGAAAGAAGCAGCAGCGAUACGACCGACACCUAAGAUCACCACACGAGCUAAAGGCAAACAUCAACCGUCGAACCAUUUCGCAACUCCCCCAGAUUUCGUGAAAGACAUCCCCGCCGAACCGACGCAAGAAAUCAAUCAACCCAGAUUUAGUCGGUUGCCUAUCAACAGCAACAAUCUUCAUCAUCAGAAGGUUUUGCGGAAGAAGGAUGACUUGCGGAAAGAGAAGCUGAUGGUCAUCCACAAACCACAAGUUGAUAACACCAAAAACAGUAACAACACCAAUGUUGGCGAAGUUAGUCUCGGUGCGAUCAAAAUGCAGGGCAAAAUGACUUUGGAGGAGCUUCGAUAAGCUCCUUUAUCCUGUCUUUUUCCCUUCGAUGGGCGAUAUCUUCAGGAUCUCUGAGCUACAUUCUUAGGCCUCACAACUUGGACUUUUCUGACUCGCGAUCAAUACACUCCAUGUAUUCCAAAAUACAUCAAAUUAGUAACAUAAACCCACUAUUCUCUUGGUUCUGUUUUUUCACAUGACUUAUUCUUAGCUACUGUCUUUGGAGCCCGGAUAACAUGUAAUUGUCGAUUUUAGUCUGCAAACAAAUGAGGAAAUCUCCCCCCCCCCAUACAUAACUGUUGUAUUUUUAUAUCUUUCUUUCUUGCUUUAUACUCCGUGACUUCGAUGUGAC